AUGGACUUCCAGUCUCCCCAAAACGGAAUGUACGAUCCCUCGAGCUUCAUCGACCCGAGCGCAAUCGCAAACCCCCAGAUGAACGGCGCGCGCCCAUAUAAUCCGAUGCCAUCGGUGCCCCAGAAACGAGACUCGACUGGCGCUGCCCUGUCUCUAUCGCGCUCUCAAACACCUUCACAGCAAGCCCAAUUCGGUUUCCAGCACCAGCAAGCCUUCACCAACACGCCUUCACCCACUAUGCAGAACCAGCACUUCGCGCCUGGCCAGAUGGGAGGCCAGCGGAUGAACACUGCCUCACCUGCGCAAAACCCCCAUGCGCCGCAGAUGUCUCCCAUGAACUUCCAGGCCUCGCCUAUGAACCAAGCUUUCAACGCCAACUCCGGGAACCAGUUCCCAGUACAGUCGGUACAACUAUCGCAGAACCUCCAAAGUCGGCAGCAAGAAGCGCAAAGGCAGUACGCGAUGCGCUUGCAACAGCAGCAGCAGUUGGGCAACCUUGCCGCGAGCAACAUGGCUGCGCGACAAGGACAACAGCCCGGCGCGCAGAUGCCUGGCGCGAUGCAAAACCCAAUGCAACAUCCAGGCAUGCAGCAGAACAUGAUGCAGGCCCAAGGACAACCACAGAAUCCGCAAUCACAAUACAACCAGUUCAUCAAGAAUGUUCAGGCGCUAAUGACCCAGCACAAUCGACCCUUCAAUCACCAGCCACUUUGCGCUGGCCGCCCGACGAAUCUCCAGAACCUUUACGCGGCUGUCAUGCGCUUCAAGGGUCAUCGAUUUGUGACGCAACAAAACGGAUGGCCUAGGAUCGCGCAAAUGAUGAGCAUACAUCCGCAGCAGUUUCCGAACGCCCCCAAUGAGUUGCGCCAGAUAUACGAGCAAUAUCUGAGCCUCUACGAAACUGCCUACCUUCAAAGACAACAGCAGAUGCAGCAGAAGGGCAUGCCUCCACAGGGACAGAUGGGGCAGAUGGGACAAAUGGGACAAAUGGGACAAAUAGGUCAGAUGGCGUCUGUGGGCCAGCAGAUGUCACCAACAAGACCGACCAUGCCUGGCCAACCGGCCAACGUUCCAGGACAUCAAGAAUAUCUCCAGCAACUGCAGAGAUCACAGGAGGCCAUGAAGCAGCAGCAACAACAACAACAGCAGCGGCAGUCGCUUCCGCCAACCCAGCAGCCACAUCAGCAACUUGAGCCAUCCCCGCAUCCACACCAGGCGACGCCUCUACAGAGCAACGCAGCGCUUCCAAGCGUCAACGGCACCACACCACAGCCCGACGGAAACGCGCGGAAAAGCCUCAGCAGGCAGCUGGAAGGGACGCCCACUCAAGGACAAGAGCCUGGCCAGUCGCAGUCGUCACCGAUGAAGCAGGAGGAUAACGCUGCCGCAGAUCCAGCCUCGGCCGCUGUAGAGGAGCCUGAGAAACGCAAACCAGUGAUCGAGCAAGACGAUGGGACCCGCGUCUACCAACCCGCCUACCGGACACAAGAUACAUGGGGAGGCCUUGACUUUGAUUCUGACAACUUCAAGAACAUGAUCGAUACGAUCACAAACUACAAACCGAACGUUCCAUUACUACCGGAGAUGGGUGUGAUCGACGUUCGAGCCAUCAAUAUGAGCAUCAAGUCGGGACUCCAUGCGGAGGUGCGGUUGGGGCUGGACACCCUUACGCGAAUUACGUACGACAACACCGUACAGUUCAAUCUGUCGCACUGCGAAGACUUGACGGAGGUGCUGGUGGAGUAUGCAGAAGACCAACUAGAAAUUCUAGGCAACGACAACCCCGAAGUCACUGAUAUUAUCGAUCUCACACCAUACGAGGAUGUUCUACAUCACUGUCGCGAAGAGGCUUCGGCACUACAAGAGCUCCCGCAGGCGGGUUCGAAGGAGUACAUGCUCGAUCGUACUGCGGACCGGCUGCUCGCCAUCACAACCAUUUUCCGAAAUCUGUCUUUCCUCGAGGUCAAUCAUGACUCUUUGGUCAGCGCUCCAGUCAUCAAGUUCCUCGCAAACUUUAUACGGCUUGUUGGAACCCGCGUACUGUUGUUACGGUCACAUAUCAACACCUUUGACUUCAUGAAGGAUGUAGUCACCUUCUUCUCCAAUACCAGCGCCAAGGUCGUUUUACCUAACCGCGAAGACGCGUACGCCGUGUUGCACUUCCUCUGCGCUUUUGCGCCGGUUCCACGGCCCGCUGAGCCAGUCAGAUUUACGCCUUUCAACCCGCAAAUCCAUCGCUAUCUCCCUUCUGCCGUAGACAGUCUUGCAAAACUCCUUGCUCGUGACGACCCCAACCGGACCUACUACAAGCAAAUCUUCAUCAACGAGGCAACAUCCACCCCUGCAUAUGACCUUCUGACGCGUUCCUUUGCCCUUGCCAUCUCCGUUGUGCCGGACCGCAACUACAUUGAAAACAAAAUGUACCAGAUGAAAGAGCCGCGCCCCAAGGAGGUACGCAUGCUCGAAGCGCGCGUUGCAGAGUCAAGAAAAGCGUACCUUAUGCAGGGCAUGCUAGCGGCAGACAUACUCGCUAGUCUAGCUCCAGGGCCCGAAAGUGGCAUCUGUCGCUCAUGGCUCGAAUCGGAGGACGGCUGGGCGCAUAGCUUACUCAAGUUCGCAAUGUCGCUUUCCGCUACUGAUGCAGCCAUCCCACACCCUCCGCAACCACCAAAUCACCGCGGUCAGCGACCCAUGGAUCACGACAGGGAAGGCUUCCAGCUCAUUGUCCACCGCGCGCUGUCAACUCUCAAACGCCUAGGCGACAAAUCAAAGGGUGGCGAGCCCUUGGUCAAGGGUGUGCAACGACCAAACGGGCACAUGAACCAUGACGAUGAAGAGGAAUAUGACGACGACGAUAUGGAGAUCUUCAACUUCAACGGUAGCUCGUGGAAAGUCAAGGCGGAUAUCUUACCUCGAAAGGAGACAUUGCUUGGCGCACUCUUGACUGCACAAUUGGAUGUGCGGAGCUUGAACCAGUUUUGCAAGAUUGGCUAUCUGGAUGAAUAA